AUAAUGAGGUUUCAUCGUCUGCAUUGGCCCCAAACCCUAUAAAUGGGGAAUUCGGGUCCUCUCCCACAAAGCGAACUGCAACUCGCGAGUAACAAGUCAUCAACUGUCGGAGAUCGAUGCUUUUCCCUCCCGCUUUCAGAACUGAAUGAGUGAAGAACUCUAAGGACCUUGCUGAGUUAGGGUUAAAACCGUUGUGCGAGCCUUUGGUCCUUGUUGAAUCGGAAAUGGAGAGGGAACAGGAAGCAGAGUGGCUUGAGGCCCAGAAGAUUUUGAUCAGCCUAGAUCUAGUGGCUGCUGCCAAGCAGCAGCUCGAGUUCCUUGCUGCUGUGGAUCGUAAUCGGUUUCUCUAUGACGGCCCUCUACUUCAGAGGGCGAUCCACAGGUACAAGACUUGCUGGCUUCCAUUGUUGGCCAGGCACACUGAAUCUGGAGAUAUAGGUGAAUCUUUGACUGUCCCUCUUGAUUGUGAAUGGAUAUGGCACUGCCAUCGGCUUAAUCCGAUACAGUACAGAAAGGACUGUGAGAAAUUAUAUGGGAGAGUCUUGGACAAAAAAAAUGUCCAGUCUACUGUACAUGAGAAAGCAAAACAGCAAACUGCAGAAAUAUGGGCCAGUUUUUAUCCAGAUGAACCUUUUGAGCUUGAUUUUAGGAGUCCUUCAACUGGAGGAACUUCCAAUAAGCAUAUUGAGACUUUAAAUACUAUCACAUAUGAUUUGGUUUCUGCUGUCAAGAGACAGUCUUCCUUUUACCACCAGGUAUGUAGACCGAUCAUGCAUGAUAAACGCUUCCUUGAUGGAGCUGUUGCCAGGUACAAGGGUUUUCUUCAUCUGAUUAAGAGGAACCGGGAGCGGUCGAUUAUAUGUUUCUGUGUACCAACUUAUGACAUAGAUCUCAUGUGGCAUGCUCACCAAUUGCAGCCUAUUUCUUACCAAAAAGACAUGCUAGAAUUGCUCGGAAAAAUACUAGAGCAUGAUGACACAGAUUCUGAUAGAACGAAAGGGAAAAAACUUGACACCGGUUUCUCUGAUACCACCAAACAAUGGGAAGAUGCAUAUGGCUCGAGGUAUUGGAGGGCCGGAGCAAUGUACAAAGGCGCUGAUCUACCUUUAUUAGAUACCUCUUUGCGCUUAUGUAAUUAUAAUCAGAGAAAUACCCUUUUUCCUCACAUGACGAAGUUAUUCCUUCCUCUUCAACGUACAAUGGCCGUGGAGGUCCUCUUAGAAAUUGUGGGAAUAAGGAACCUGCCCGUUAAUGAAAAAGGAAAUGUUUUUGUUUCUUUUAGCAAGAAAAAGCCAGAUAUGUUUUUGCAUGGUAGUUGCCAUCUUAGUAUUUUCUCGGAGACGGGGGACAAACAGGUGGCUGGUUUUGAAUGUGAACCAACUGGAGAUCUUAUCGUGACUUUAGUGACCAAAUCAAAACCUGCAAAAACAAUUGGAUCGAUUUCUAUCUCACUUGAUGAACUAAUGGAUCCAAAUGCUGAACUAUCUGUUGAUAAAUGGUUUGAAUUGAAGCGCCACAGUAGACAAGCAAAUUCCAAGCCUAUUUAUCUUCGUGUUGCUGCUUCUUUUACAGUUCCAGUUCCAUCACCUCAAGUGUUUGAAACGUUGAAAUUACAUUCAUUUUCUAUGAAUGCAUGUAGAUUUCCAUUUCCUGGUAUGGCUCAACAUAUGAGAAGUUGGGCUCAUUUUGUAGACGGCUAUGGUAAUGAUAUAGUCAGUUUACAAAUAAGGAAGUCAAAAGAAACAGGAGGAAGUAUGCAUCCUAUAUUGAAGCAGAAUAUAUUUGGAAUGACGAAACUGUCCAGAAAUUUACAUUUAUUGGCAGAAUAUGUUGAGGACACGUGGUUUUUCAAAGACUCGAAUUUAUCUCUUACUGUUCAACAAAACACUAACCAAGAGGGCUAUGUGCUUGAGCUAAAGGGCGUUGAUCAGUUGAAGCUCUUCCCUGGUAGGAAGUUCGAGUAUCAGCCCAAGAAUGCUAUGCAGGCCAAGUCUGAGAACUUCAUGACAGUUGUAGAAUUCUCCGCUGAAAACCCGUACGGUAAAGCAAUGGCCUUGUUUGACUUAAAAUCUGGCCUUGUUAAGAUUAGUGAAGACUGCUUUGUCUUGCCUGCUCUCGUGCUGUCAUUUAUCCUUUCAAGCCUGUUAAAGAAGGGCGGGCUUAUUACAGUUGUUGAUUCGGAGAAUUUAAAAGCACAGGAUAAGAGCCUCAGUUGCACUAAUGAAUGGGGUGACAAAGUGAAUUCUUUCAAUGCCGGCGCUUUUGGUGGAUGUGGCGCUGGUUGUGGCGGUAGUGGCUGUGGAACCAUUGCAAAGAGCGGUGGCUGUGGUAGUGGUUGUGGUGGAGGCUGCGGUGGCAGCGGUUGUGGAAAUGUAUUUGUAAGCAACAAGAGUACUGGCUG